AUGGAACGCCGAGAGGAAGUGGUGAUGCUCGCGUCCGGAGAGGGGGGGCGUCUGGCGACAAGCUUGGCCGGAGAGGCGCAGGGGAAGCCGGGACACAGAGGCUGCGUGAGCCCCUACUCGUCCAGGGACACGUCCGAGGAGAGGAUCCGGAGCGUGGGCGCGUCCUCGGCCGGGGCGGAGAUCAGCAGGCAGCCGGCCGCCGGGGAGCAGGCGCACAAAGACGGCAGCAGCUCGGACCCUGAGUCGGACUUCUACGAGGAGAUAGACGUGAGCUGCACGCCGGAAAGCAUGGACUACCCCUCGGCUAAAGGUCCAAACGGAGACUCCCCGCACCAUCACCACGCGGAGAGCAGCUCGGAUCCGGGGAAGGCCACGCCGGGCCCGGGCUCCCUGUCCUACGCCGCGGACCAGAUUCGCAGGUACCGCACCGCCUUCACCCGGGAGCAGAUCGCGCGUCUGGAGAAGGAGUUCUACCGGGAGAAUUACGUGUCCAGGCCGCGGAGGUGCGAGCUGGCGGCCGCGCUCAACCUGCCCGAGACGACCAUCAAGGUGUGGUUCCAGAACCGGCGGAUGAAAGACAAACGGCAGCGCCUCGCCAUGACGUGGCCCCACCCCGCGGACCCGGCCUUCUACAGCUACAUGAUGAGCCACGCCGCCGCCACUGGGAACCUCCCGUACCCGUUCCCCUCGCACCUGCCCCUGCCCUACUACUCCCCGCUCACCUCCGCCCCCGCCUCCUCGCCCUUCCCCAACCCCCUGCGCUCCCUGGACGGCUUCAGGAUGCUGUCUCACCCGUACCAGCGCCCCGAGCUGCUGUGCGCCUUCAGACACCCGUCCCUGUACCCGGGCCCGCCGCACGGCCUCGGUCCCGGGGGCAGUCCGUGCUCCUGCCUCGCCUGUCAGUCCAGCAGCCUCGCCUCCAGACCGGCCCCGACGCCCGCCUCGGACUUUGCGUGUUCGCCCACGAGCAGGACUGACGCGUUUGUGACGUUCACGCCCGCCGUGCUCAGCAAAUCCUCCUCGGUGACGUUGGACCAGCGAGAGGAAGUGCCCCUCACCAGAUAA